AUGGGUUCAUUAGUUGUUGAAAUGAGUGUUGCUCAACAAAGAGUGCAACGCUUAGAUUGCUCUUCGGCACCUGUUGUGAUAUCGGAACUAAUCGAGAGUGCCGACUACCUCACAAAUGCACGUUUCAUAUUGGUCGUCGAAAAGGAUGCCACAUUUCAGAAACUCAUCCAAGAGGGUUUUCUGCUGAAGUUCGCGCCUGCAAUCAUAGUCACAGUAGUGUUUCAGCGCUCAUUCGAUCAUUUUAACACUUUGUCUGAUACUUUGUGA